AACGAAAAAAAAGCCCUAAAUGGAUGGCGGCAAUUUGGGAUCCAAUUUCCAGGAAACUGUUCAUGCUCGAAGGCAGCGAUCGGUUGAGAAGUCGAGAAGAGGGCGUCUCAGUUCCAUACUGAAAUGCUUCCAUAUCAACAUAGUGGCCUUGAAUCCAGUUCUUCCAUGAACAAUCAUAGACGCAGUUAAUCGCCCAACCAUAUUCCAGUGAAUGGGCUGGAGGAGAGCUGCUUCAGUUUUCCUGAGCUGCGUAUCUAUAGCUUCUAAACCUCCUAUCAAAAUCCCUUCUACUUCUUCGACAACUCCCCAUUUUUUGCAUUCUUCAAAUCCGGUGUUUGGUUUUCAAUGCUCCAGGUUAUUUUCUGCUGUUGCAUCUCCGUUUUCGAUCACUGGCAGUCAGUUUGAAUCCGAGUUUGAACAAUCCUAUGAUUUCGAGGUGGAAGAUGGAGACGAAAUUGGGAAAAUUCCCAUCAAAGCUUACUUUCUUUGCACCAGUAUAAAUUUGAAGAACAUGCAGUCUGAGAAUUUAAGCAACAUUAUCCCUCCUACCUCCCGCUCGUCAAAUUAUAUCGCUCUCAGAUACAUUGAUUUCCCUCCAGAAACUUCCGAUGUUCGAGUUAAAGGGAACUCAAGUUGCUGCAGAUACAUGGUUGUAUUCCAAUAUGGCUCUGCUGUUCUGUUUAACAUCGAAGAUCAUGAAGUUGAAGGUUAUCUAGAUUUGGUCAGAAGACAUGCUUCUGGCUUGCUUCCAGAUAUAAAGAAAGAUGAUUAUGCUGUGAAAGAGAAGCCAUAUCUAGUCGAGGAUAUGCAAGGAGGUCCUGAUUACAUUGUUCUUAAGAGUUUAGACACUGAUGGUGUUCGCAUUAUUGGAAGUGUGCUUGGUCAAAGCAUUGCUUUGGACUACUUUGUAUCACAGGUUGAUAGUUUGGUUGAAGAGUUUGCCGAUAUAAAUCGUAAAAUGGAGAAAACAGGAACAUUCACUAUGGAUAAGAAAAAGCUCCUUCAACUUGUUGGAAAGGCUAAUUCAAAUCUAGCAGAUGUAAUUCUCAAAGUUGGUCUUUUUGAAAGAUCAGAAAUUGCAUGGAGGGAUGCAAAAUAUGCUCAAAUAUAUGAGUACCUUCGAGAAGAGUACGAGGUCACCCAGCGCUUUGGAAAUCUAGAUUUCAAAUUGAAGUUUGUGGAGCAUAACAUUCAUUUUCUUCAAGAAGUCCUCCAGAAUAGAAAGUCAGAUCUCUUGGAAUGGUGCAUCAUUGGCCUUUUGACCAUUGAAAACAUUAUCUCAUUGUACGAGAUUGUUAAAGAUUCAACUCCUGUGCAUCUCUAAUUCGACAAAGAGCAGCAGAUCGAAGUUUCGCUGUGGAAUUAGUUAAGUUAAAGUUUUGUUCAUUGUACUAAUUAUUCUUUUCAUAUUCUGCUUUUCUUACAUUAUUACAUUACAAAAGAGAGCCUUAGGAAAAAUGUUGCCCAGAAGCACAAAAGUAUAGUAACUCCAAGAAAGCGAGCUUCAGAAAAAAAAAAAAAAAAAAAUCAUAUAAAAGUAGUGAAUUGUGGAGAAAUUCAUUACUGUUUUGCUAUAAUUCCUUUUGUGAAUAAGUAAUGUGGCACAUGUGGUCAAUGAAUUGUGAACUGUUGAAAAAUCACAAAGAAUAUUCAUUUUUGGGAAUAGCUAGUGUUUGGCAAAAUGCACAACUUGUUGAUCUCUAUAUACACAGGAAUUCUAAGUAGGGGUUCCAUUUGUUUGAUGGGAAGGAUUUUCAAGGAAUGAGCCAUAUAGAUUCUUGUGUUUGUUUGGUGGAAAUGAAGAACACUUGAUGUAUUCAUAUACUAGACUAGUGGUUAUUGUAAUUGUACUAAUAUUGCUUGUGGGCAGAGGUGAGCAGAAAGAUGAACAUUUUGGCCUUCGAUUUCAGCUUCGAAAUUUAGUCUAUCAACCUCGUGUCGAGUUUUCUGAUUGAUUUGAAGUUGUAUAUUGAAGUAUUUUUGUUUAGUUGCACUAUAUUUACAAAUGAUUCUUAUAAUAAUAAUUUUCUACUGCAUA